AUCCUCAUAUGGCACAGUGUCAGAAGUCACAAGACCCGAGCUUGUGAAACGAGGGUUAAACGAACCGACAAAGUUAGUUCCCUCGUGAUAAUAAUGAAGUCGUGCAACCCUGCGGCAAAGAUAGCGCGAGCAUGUUGCCAAACGCUUCACAUCGUUUGCGGAUCCAUUGUUUUCGCGUAAUCGGGGAAUGGCUGGAGGUGAAAUUAAAUAUUCUUCCCUAUCUGCUCGGUUGGCGUCAGGAAGCAUCAUUGUUUCGCACAAGUGCAAGGAGAGGAAAAUCGAGCGGCUCGUUUUUCGACGAAAAUCCGUCUGAACUUCAGCGGUUAAAUUGUAACAUGUUUCGAAAGUUGUUUGUCCAUGUUCAAACCCCUUCGAGACUUAAAUGUAGUGCUGGGCAUUUGCUUCAAUGUUUACGUUGAGUGGUUGAUUUCAGUGUCGGAGAGGGCGGCAUCAAGUAUGAAAAUAUUCGAGCCUGUUCGACGUUUUUUUGGAAAUAUUUUUUAUGCGCUUUUGAGAGGAUGCUUCGCGGUGUCUAAUGUGUUUUGCCCCUCCGAGUAUGCUUUGGAUGAAUCACAUUUCGGUGCUCGUCAUGGGCAGUGCCUCAUGGCUUUCUUGGGAGUUGCUAUCGCAUAUUGCCUUCGCACGAACAUAUCAGUGGCAAUUGUCUCCAUGACAGAGAAGUCCAGCUUAAAUGCAGAUGCUCCGGUUCUUAUGUGGGAUGAAAAAAUGAAAGGCACGAUUCUGAGUUCGUUCUUCUGGGGGUACCUGCUUCUUCAGAUUCCGGGAGGUCAGAUGGCCGAAAAGUUUGGCCCAAAAUACGUCCUAAUUACAGCCGUAGGUGUAGCUGGAAUCCUUACAAUUUUGACACCCUAUGCCGCAAUUAAUGGUGGUUUUUAUUGGAUGGUACUUUCAAGGAUUCUGCAAGGGGCCGCUCAGGGAUUCUGCUACCCCGCAACGAACUUCUUUCUGGCCAAAUGGGCUCCCUUACCAGAGAGAGGAAGGCUCGUCACUUCAGUAUUUAGUGGGGACCGCUUUGGGAUUUUAAUCACUAUGGCUGGUGCGGGCGUUUUGGCGGACAGUCGUUGGGGUUGGCCCUCCAUCUUCUAUGUUAGCGGAGCGACCGCAAUUUUGUGGGCACUCGCCUAUGCGUACUUCGGCGUAAAUUAUCCCCAGGAUCACCCCACCAUCACAGAUGCCGAGCGGAGUUAUAUUUUGGAUUCAUUGCCUAACACGUCAGAGGAUCGACAAUCGAUGAAAACGCCAUGGAAAGCGAUUCUGAAAUCUGGUCCUUUGUGGGCUCUCUUGUUAGUGCAUUGUGGGCAGAACUGGGGAUACUACACAUUACUCACACAAAUUCCUUCGUACAUUUAUGCUGUUUUCGGAUUAAACAUUCAAGAGAGUGGUUUCCUGUCAGCACUACCUUAUGUUUCCAGUUUCAUCAUGGCGUUCGUUUUUGCGGUGAUCGGAGAUAAAGUAGCAAAUAAAGAAAUGCUAUCGAAGACUACGGCACGAAAAUGUUGGAACUCCUGUGGUUUAUGGGGAGGGGCCGCUGCAUUCUGUUUACUAGCCUUUGCUGGAGAAUAUGAAUACUUAGCCCUGACUUUGCUCAUCCUCGCAGCGGGUUUAAACGGCGCCACACUCAUUGGCUACCAUUCUAACCAUCUGGACCUGGCGCCAAACUUUUCCGGCACUCUCAUGGGAAUUACUAACGGAUUCGGCAACGUUGCAUCCAUUUCUGCUCCUCUUUUUGCUGGUUUCAUGCUGACUGAUAUGACGUCGUUAUCCGAGUGGCGAAUCGUGUUUCUGACGUCAGCUGCCGUGUUCUUUGUUGGCAAUCUAAUAUUCGUGAUAUUCGGCACUGCCGAAGUACAAGACUGGAACUUCCCUCCGGAAAAAGAAAAACCCAUCCAGAUGACCAAUAUAUUUACGGAAAGAAUAACAGAAGAUUGAAGCACUCGCAAGUUCAUAGGAUGAUUAAUUUCAUGUAAAAACUGACCGAGAGGUGUAAAAAAUUAUGUGUUACAAAAACAGGAGAAAAUUGUUUAGAAGAAACACAUUUCCGUGAAAUGACUAAUUAUCCCACUCGUUAGAUCACCGAGUGGAAUCCAGUUGGCGUCCUUUAAUUUUUAUCUGCCUUCAUUAUAAAUACAUAAAGCUCAUGGUGAGCUUUAAGAUCAACGAUGAAACUCAAAUCAAGUAUCUCUGAGACCCCGAUUUUUCAAAAAAGAAAAGACUGAAUACAUUCCUACUCAUCCUUGAAGGUAUAGAGGAGAAAUAAUAUUCACAAGUAACAAGGAAAAUAUGUUUUUUGAGGCUCUACUAGCAUCCACAUUUUAAAAAAAGGAGCGAUUUCUUGUACCAGUGAGAUUUGGAUAUCUAUCAGGCCGAAUCUUGAGAAAUUUUUUCGCAACGUUGAUACAUUUGAACAAUUAAAGCAGUACCUAUCCAGAAAAUUGAAAAUUUUACGAUAAAAAUCAGAAAUAGCUUACUCCAUCGACACAAUAGAUAACGCUGGAAUUAAGUUACGGUGCACGAGAAAUAAGCAAACCACCCUUAGUUAGUGUAAAAUACGACGAACACUAUGCAUAUUUAAUUUUAAGUCCUGAAUACAACUAUUCGGGCUCCAAGGAUGCCCGUUGCAUACUCACGGGAGUGAAGGCGUUUCGAAUGUUCAGGCACUCACCAUUUCAUCCGCGGCGCGCGGCACCAACGGCGGGCUUUGCUGUAAAGGUUCAAAAUGGCAGAUAGCUUUCAAUUAUUCCUCGUUUGUACUAUCCAAAUAUAUCUGCUAGGCACGAAUAGUUGCAUACAGACGUAGGAUGUAAUUAUCUUUUAUGCCUCAAAUUUGAUAUUUCCGCGUGCUGAGCAUGAUUGAUAGAGAAACUAUACAUGUCUAGGAGAUGUCUAGGGAGUGUAAAUGAAGAAUUUAAGUCACUCUGUCUAUUUUGAUCCUUGCAGUAGAGCCCGCCGCACAAUGAAACGAGCCUUUCAGAGAGAGUGGACAUGAAAUUUGUGACUGAAACUGCAAAUUUUGAUGUUAAUUUCUUCACGUUAUGAAUUGUAUGGAGUGCUUCUUGAAGACAUUUUACAAAAAAAUCAACGAAUCCACUUCUAUAAAACUAACAUCGAUAAGAGCUUUUAGUGUUUCCACAUUCUGUAUGAUCCCCUUCAUUGACUCGCUCCACUGAGCGCCAUUGGUGAAGCGGUCAGUGUCUGAAGUCAAAACGCCUUCUCUUUUGUGCGCAUGCAACACGGACGACCAUAGAGUUCGAAUAGUUGUAUCCAAGCGUUAUACUGAAAUUCGCUUUGUGUCCGUCACAUGCGACACUAACUGAAGCUUUAAUUGUUUUUUAUGAACCUUAACUCAAAUGCAGCGUUGCCUAUUGUACCGAUGAAGUAAACCAUUACCGAUUUUUAUCGCGACAUUGUAAAUUUUCCGAGAAACGAUUACUCUUUAAGUAUGUCUUACGACGUUGCCAGCCCUUGAAAUCACAAGAAAAGAUAUAUGAGGAUGAUAUGUAAUUUCCCUCAAACCACUUUAAUUAGCAGUCCUCCUUUGUAUGUGUUUGCGCUAAAAUUCUGGAGAACAUCCGUAAAAUAUCAAGGAAAAAUUAAAUGAAAUUUAAUGCAAUUACUAGGAUUGAUUGUUGUUUGUCUUGUGUUUUUUUUUUAUUCCACUACGCACAAGUUUUUUCUUCAGUAACGCGUGAAUUAUUGUUAAGUUAGGGAACACUCAUAGUGAUUAUUACCAAGACACUGUAAGCUUAUUCUCUAUUGUGCUGAUUUUUUUUCAAUCCAAGACUUAUUCUUUUCUUUC